AAUAUCAGUUUCACAAUCUAGUUUUAAUUGUUAAUUCAAUUUAUUUAAGUUGGAUUGGUUAUUGAACUAUUUAUUUGUUAUAGUUUAAUUUGAUGAUUGAUUCAAAUUUGGUUGCUGGUGUAUUUUCAAUUCUAAAGAAUGGAAAAUUUUAAUCUAAUGUUGUAAUGAUUCUCAUAAUUUCAAUCUAAUGAUGUAAUGAUUCUGCAUAUAAUCAUGCAUUCAAUUCAAUUGUUACUGCACUUUUCGUUAAGCGCAAUUUGUUGAAUUCAAUAUACUGAUUUUGCUUAACUUGAUUUGAUCAUGCGUUUAUAAUUGGUACUGCUAUUUCCAUUAAAUUCAAUUAUACCUGUGUAGAACUUUGAUUUGAUCACUCAUUUAUUUGUUUUCUCUAACUCAGCAAUUUUAUAAUGCGAAAUAUGAAAUUCUGUGCUCAAUAUCCAUGUCUCUUUGUAUUGCUUUGUUUGGGGUUUAAGAAGUUCAGCUCAUUUGGAAAAACCCCUUUAAAUUCUUUGAAAUCUGAAGAUACUCGAAUUCAAUGCUUUCAUGGUCUUGUGAUGGCCGCCUUGAUCACACCUUUUUGGUCCUCUCAUACCAAGACUAGCUGCUAUAAAUCUGAUCAGAAUAGUAAGUGUUGAUUUUACAGUAGGCUUACUGCAUCUGUUUUUUUUUUUUUUUUUUUUUUUUUCAAAUUUAUUUUUCUUUUUGGUGUUAAUAGCUCCUUUUACAUCUUAAUCCCUAGCUAACCAUUUCAUAUUUAACAACAACAACAAAGCCUUAGUCCCAAAAUGAUUUGGGGUCGGCUAACAUGAAUCGUCAUAAGGAAUCGUACGAUAUAAAGAAAAAGACAUAACAAAAUCAUCAUAACCAUUUCAUAUUCAAAUCUAAUGAAAUUUUUUACAGUUCAUGAUUUACCUUUAUUGCUCAAUGUGUUAUAUUCCUCGAGGAUAAGAUAGAUACAGAACAUAUCGGGGACAUAGCUCUUGUAGAACAUAAUCAGCAUGUUUCAUUGUUUCCUUACUAUUGCAGUAAGAUAGCUAUUCUGAGUUGAAUUGCUCAGAAAGAUCAUAUGUUUUUGUGUAGCCAUUUGGUAAAGGUAUAAGAAAUGCUCUCACUGAUAGCUUUCACGCGUACACUUGGACAUGUACAUUUUUUUCUUUGCAAACUGAUUUCAUCUCUGGGAUUUCUUUUGCUGUAGUGCACAAAGACUACCUUGUUAUUGCAAAUUCAAAGACGCAAAAUUUGUUUAUCUUUAUAUCAUUUUUAUGAUGAAAAUAAUUCCUUACAAGGACUGAAUAAUAUGUUUUGUUUGUGCCAGUGGAAGAAUUUGUUAUGUUUUUCAAUUAGUAGAAUGUUGGUAAUCUGUACUGUUUUUUUUUUGACAUUUGAUGCAUAACAUGCAUUUACUUUGCUUAGCUUGAAUGUGUAAGUGUAGGGGUGACCAAAUUUGUCUAAUUUGUGAAAAAAAAAAAAACAAAUAUUUGCUCAAGUGACAAAAAAUAUCUAGAAGGAAUGUAGUGAAACUAGAAAUAAACCAAUUUUCACUUUUGAACUCUUUGCUAGGAGACACUUAUAUAGAUGUUGAAAGAGUAUGUACUACCUCUGAAUGUCAAUCAUACGAGCAUGCUUUGUCAUAUUGUUGUGUCUAUGUAGGAAAGAAAUGAUACACAAAUACAUUACCUAUUUACCUUUCAUUGUUAGCAAUGAUUGCUAGAGUUCCCCUCAAGUGCAGGUUUAAAUAAUUCAAUUUUUAAAUUUUUGUUUUUAUAUAUAUAAUUUUUAUGACGUAUAUGUUAUAGAAUGGAAAAAUCAGAAAUAUAGGAAUGAGGAUGAAGAGAUGGGGAAAUUUGAUAAAUGUAUAUAACAGCUGUGCAUUUAUAUUAUUACUAAGGGAAACUUUAAUCCCAGGCCUUCAAGUGGCUGGACAGUUCCAUUAACAAGCUCAAAUAAAAUUCCGUUCCCUCUAACAAACUAUCUGCCCCUUCAUCAAGCCAACUUUAAUAGGCUAAUGUGCAUCGUCAGAAGUGCUCCUUUCCCUUAGGCUAGUCCAUUAUAAUCUACUCUGUAUCCACUAUUGAACAACAAAUGGUGUACUUGAGAAAUUUUGUAUCAUUUAUCAGACAAUGGGGAGAUCGACUGGAGAUGAUAUGAUUCUUAGCUACAAUGAUGUGGUGCUUCGACGCUCUGACUUGGAUAUCCUUAGUGGACCUCAUUUUCUCAAUGACCGUGUAAUUGAGUUGUACUUCAGUUACCUAUCAUCAUGCUAUCCCUCUGAUAACAUCUUACUAGUUCCACCCUCAAUUGCUUUCUGGCUGCAGAACUGUUCAGAUAAAGAUAGCUAUAAAGCUUUCGUUGAACCUCUAAAUCUACCCGCUAAAGCCCUGGUUGUAUUUCCGGUCAACAACAACGACGAUGUAACCAAAGCCGAGGCAGGAAGCCAUUGGAGUUUGCUUGUAUAUUAUAGGACUGCUAAUGUGUUCGUUCAUCAUGACAGCUGUAGGGGAUUGAACCAUGCGUGUUCCAAAAAGCUUUACACUUCUGUAGCUAAAUUCAUGGGCAACAUAGAUUCCGAUGUCAAGUAUCAGGAGGAUCAGUCCUCACCACAACAACAAAAUGGUUAUGAUUGUGGAUUGUUUGUAACUGCCAUUGUGAGAGUCAUAUGCAGUUGGUACACAAGCAGUGAACGUGUAGACCAGGAACAUAUUUGGUUUUCUGAUGUGAAGGAGCAGGUGACAUCAACCACUGUUUCAAAGAUGAGGAACGAGAUUCUGAAUUUAAUUAAAGAACUCAUGUCCGUGUCAUGAGUGAUGGAAAAGUUUGAUCGAUGUCCAUUUUAUUGUCUAUUGUAAUUCCUAGGUUUUAACAUCUUAACUGUAGCUACUCUGUAGUAUAUACUGCCAUGCUUUCCUAGAUGCAGAUUAAACUUGUAUUUGUGUUCUGCAUAUAGGAAGCUGCUAAAUCGAUUAAGUAUAUGUAUAUGCCCUUUUGGCUCACUACUCUCAUUGACAUCCCCAUCUCGGACCUCCCUCA